AUGGGAGGGGAGAAGAAGACGGCGGAGGAGACGGUGGAGGAGGAGCCACUCAGCCCAUGCUCACGGCUGUUCAACUCAACGGACUUUAACUGUGCCAUAAUCCUCUUAAUGGGAUGUAAAGUCAAAGGAAAUCCAUCUGCCAUUACCGAAGGCCUUAAACACACCCUCGUUAAUCACCCUCGCUUCUCCAGCAUUUUAGAUAUGAAGAAUGGGAAGAAAGGGAAACCGAGUUGGGUUCGGACAGAAGUCAGAGUAGAAGAGCAUGUGAUUGUUCCGGACAUAAAUCCCGAGAUAAAAAACCCCGAUCAGUAUCUCGAGGACUAUAUCUCAAAGUUAACGACCGUUCCUCUGGAUUUGUCUAAACCAUUAUGGGAACUUCACGUAGUAUGCCUCAAAACAUCAAACGCUGAAUCCACUGCAAUUAUCAAGAUCCAUCAUUCUUUGGGUGAUGGAAUGUCUCUCAUGUCUCUUCUCCUCGCUUGCACUCGCAAAACAUCGGACCCUGAGGCUUUGCCUACUGUUUCCGUUCAGAAAAAACGAUUCGGACCGAGAUGCUACAGCGGGGUUUUCAACAAGUUCUUGUGGUUGUUUGUAGGGCUCUGGUUCAUCCUAAGAUUGGUCUUCAACACUUUUGUCGAUAUCUUGAUGUUUGCUCUGACAAUAUGUUUCGUGAGGGAUACGGAGACUCCUCUUUUGGCCAAACCUGGUAGUGAACUUAACCCUAAGAGGUUC